AAGAUACGUUUACUAGCUUGCCAAACAGAUCCAAAAGCACGUAAACUAUAACUCCAACUUCCUUGCGCGCCGUCGUCGAGACGGCAUUUUUGUAGUUCUACUGUAGUAAUAGUAGUAUCAUCGCAGCAGCAGCUGCGUCGACGGCCAAAACCAUGGCUUCCGUUGUGGAACUAGUAUCAUCAGAGAAGAAGAAGAAGAAGAAGGAGGAGGAGGAGGAGAAAAAGAAGAGGAAGAGUGAGAAAUACCGUAUGUCGGACCUCAAAACCCUAGGACACCAGCUCCUUUCUUCCAGGGCUCACAUCAACAACCUUCCUAUCCUCCUCACCUUCGUUUCCUCUUCCUCUUCUUCCCCUCCUCACUACGCCCUCGAAGCCCUUCUUUCCCUCCAGUCUUUCUUCAUUCCUCUCCUACCACAACUUCCUUCCUCCUCCUCCUCCUCCUCCUCCACCACCUCUUCCCAAGCCCAACACGACCCCGAUUUCAUCUACCUCACUUGGCUCCGCUCCAAGUUUGAUGACCUUGUCAAUUCUCUUCUCGAUAUUUCCGCUUCUCCUCACUCCGACGAAGCUCUUAGAGAAGUUGUUUUGGACACGAUAAUGGAGUUUGUAAAGGUGGGUAAUGGGGGAAGGUUUCACUCCGCCAUAUACCACAGGUUCAUUCAGAGCAUUGUUCACUCAGCAAUAGGGAUUGAUGUUGUGUUAGACUUGCUUGCAUCAAAGUAUUUCAAGUACAUUGAUAUCCGGUAUUUUACUUACAUCACUGUGGAAAAGCUGACUCGAAUGCUAGAGGCAAUAGAUACUUCUGACAAUAAUAUUGUGAGUGCUGAUGGCGGUAACAGAAGUCAUUCAAGAACAAGUGUAGAGCUCACUACUUACAGGAUGUAUUAUAUUUUAUCACACAUCCCCUCUCUUGAAGGCAUGGACGAGAAAGCUGAUUAUGAGAUGUGGAACGGAUUAGGAGUUUUCAUUAAAGUUGGUGAUCUCAAGGAGGAUUGUAAUCGUCGAAAGGCAGAAGAUAAGCAGCACAAGACAGACAAGUCUAGCAAUAAUGUAUUGUCGGUGGCUAUAAUUGCCAAAAAGAUGAAGAUAAAGUUUACUAAAGCUUGGAUAUCCCUUCUUAGGUCACCGCUCCCUCUUGACGUGUACAAGGAGGUUCUUGUUACUCUUCAUCAGGCAGUUAUUCCUCAAUUGUCAAAUCCUAUUCUACUAUGUGAUUUUCUGACAAGAUCCUAUGAUAUUGGCGGUGUUAUCAGUGUCAUGGCUCUAAGCAGCCUGUACAUUCUUAUGACACAGCAUGGUCUUGAGUAUCCUAACUUCUAUGAAAAGCUUUAUGCACUAUUGGCGCCCUCCAUCUUUAUGACGAAGCACCGGGCAAAAUUUUUUGAGCUUCUUGAUUCAUGCCUGAAAUCACCACUCCUUCCAGCAUACUUGGCUGCUGCUUUUGCUAAGAAAUUGAGCAGCCUGUCACUUUCAGUCCCUCCCUCAGGAGCAUUGGUCAUUAUUGCAUUAAUUCACAACCUUCUCCGGAGACAUCCAUCAAUCAACUGUUUGGUCCAUCGGGAGGAUGGUGAUGGAAUUACUAGGGAUGAUUCAAAAGCGGAGAAGGAUGGUGAACAAGAGGACUCUAGUACUAGCAGUAGAGAACCAGGCAUUGACCAUUUUAACAAUGAGGAGACAGAUCCUGUAAAAACUAAUGCAAUGAGAAGUUCUCUUUGGGAGAUCGAUACACUCCGUCACCAUUACUGCCCGCCUGUCUCAAGAUUUGUUUUAUCGCUCGAGAAUGAUUUGACAGUGAGAAGGAAGACAACUGAACUUGCAGUUAAAGAUUUCAGUUCUGGUUCAUAUGCAACAAUAUUUAGAGAGGAGAUUAAACGGAGGGUAAAACAGGUACCACUUGCAUUCUACAAGGCAAUUCCCACCUCUUUGUUCUCAGAGUCUGAUUUUCCUGGCUGGAUUUUCAACUAUGAACAAAUUGACAACUCGGUUAAUGGUAGCAACAUAAAUGUCGACAUAGCUGAAGACCAUGAUCAUGCUUUGGCAAAACGACAGCGAAUAGAGUGUUCAUGAGGCAAGUGCUGGCCUCUUUUGUUAUCAAGUUUUGACUGAUUGUACGUGUCUGUAGUUCCUUGUUUCUGCUUGGAAGGUGUUUACUUAUAUGUUAACAAUUCCCAUAUUUCCGCGCAAUGUUUUUCCCCCCUUUCAAACGAGAGAGCAGAAACUCCUUUGCAGUCAAUUUCGGCGAAAGUUGUUCAAAAGUGCUGAAUACUCUUGAAAUCCAUAAAUUUAUUCCUGUUCUGUGAGGAUAAGAAUGAA